UUUUACAACCGCAGAAUGCCUCCUGCCUGUCAUCUGCUAAAGCUUACAGGUAAAAAAAGAUGCGAAGAGCCAGCAGCCUCUCAGUGUGAGAAGCACUCUGGCAGCAUCAUGACUUCCUCCUCGCUCCUGAUUCUGGCAGCCGUCUUUGGAGCCACAUUGACAGGUUCCCAUGGAGCUGAGGUGAUGGAAAAAUCUGAAAAGAAUAUUCAAAGCUAUAUUCCUGCACUCUGUUCACCAACCCCGGUCUCCUCAUCUGGACCCACAUCUGUUCAUUCUCUGACUCCUGCCGAUGUCACAGCGCUUCACGUGCUGGGAAUACCCGCCUCACAAAGAAAAGAAGCUUCCAGAGUUCUCAAUAGAUUGACAGAGCUGCUUUCCAUGUUGAAUCCUGACGUGACCACUGAGCAUGUGCAUCAGACCUCACUGCAGCCCAGGAAAUUAUCAAAAGAAGCUCAGGAUCUGGCACUAUCUAUUGCCCAUCAGGAAACAGACUGGAAGGUUGUCCUGCUGUUUGUUCCGGCAGAUGUGAUCUGUACCUGUUCACCACAGGUUGCCGAAGAUAUUAAAAGUUCGGUUCAGGAAGUGGAAGCCGCUCUGCUGAUAUUGCAGGAAAAGUUGCAUCGCACCCUGAUACGUGUGGGAGUCUGGAGUGGAUCUCCAGAUCAGGAUAAGUGUAAAUGUAUGGGAGAGGAUGGCAUGAACCAGCGUCUUCAGAGAGCAACCGUUCUGCAAGCACUGCAGGAUUCUUUACAUCAGCUCUUAGAAAAUCCAAGAUGGCAAAGCAGAAAGGGUGACUUUGCAGUUGUGAUGCAGUCCUCUCCAGUCAUCCUUGAAUCCCAAUCACCUGCUGAAAACGCACAGGCUGUGCAGACGGAAUUAGCUCUUCAGCUAUGGACAAAUUUGCUCCAGCCCUCAACAAACCCGGCCCAGGCCCUGGACAUUCCUUGUCCCACAGAGGAGCGGCCUUUUCUGCGAACCCAGAUCAACUCCCCCACUGUGACUCUCAGAGAUGCCUCACCAUGGGCAAACAAUUUGGGUUCUGACUUAACCUGUGUUAAUCGAAAUCCAUCCCCUACGACGCCCACCUCAGUUCACGAGCUCAGGCCUGGGGACAUUAAGGUGGUUGCCACUGUUGGUGACUCUCUGACUGCAGCCAAUGGUGUGGGUGCAAAAACAGACAACAUUCUCCUUCUGCUUACUGAGUACAGAGGGCUGUCAUGGAGCAUUGGUGGUGAUGAAAACCUGACCACAGUGACAACUCUGCCAAACAUCCUGAGGGAGUUUAACCCCGCCCUGACUGGAUAUUCUACUGGGACUGGUAACAAAGACAGUCCAAAUGCCUUUCUUAAUGUGGCCGUGCCCGGAGCAAAGAGCGAUGACAUGGUGACUCAGGUGCGCAGUCUGGUGGAGAAAAUGAAAAACGAUGCGCGCAUCAAUUUCAACGAUGACUGGAAAGUCAUCACUAUGUUCAUUGGUGGCAACGACAUCUGUGACUACUGCGCCAACAGUAUCCAGUACUCGGCUCGAAAUGUGGUCACACGGAUCAGUCAGGCUCUGGAUAUUCUACACAAUGAAGUUCCCCGUGCCAUUGUCAAUCUGGUGGAGAUGUUAUACAUCCCACCUUUACGUGAGCUGCACACCGACCCAUCUUUGGGUUGUCCCACCUGGUUUGUGGGCUUCAUUUGUUCCUGCAUAGUUAAGCCCAGAGAAGGUUCAGCUGAAGUCCAGCAGAUCCAUGAGUUGAACAGAGCUUACCAGCUCGCCAUGAGAGAUCUGAUUGACAGCGGUCGCUAUGACACACAUGAGAACUUCACUGUGGUGCUGCAGCCUUUCUUUAGAGACGUUGUACUCCCCAGAUUACCAGACGGCCGGCCUGAUCGCUCUUACUUUGCCCCUGACUGUUUUCACCUCAGCCAGAAAGCGCACACUGCCAUGGCUCAGGCUCUUUGGAACAACAUGUUAGAGCCAGUGGGAGACAAGACGUUCACUCAGAAUUUCACUGAUGGCAUUGAAUUGAAAUGUCCCUCAGAGACAAAUCCAUUCAUACGAACUGCUAUAAACAGCAACUACACCUAUAAAGGACCUCCACCUACGUCUGCUCCAGUCACAAACUGGGGCAGCGACUUCAGUUGUGAAAACACAGCUCCGUCUAACACUGUCCCCACUUCAGCUCAUAAAGUACGGCCAGGUGAUAUCAAGGUAGUGGGUGCUCUGGGAGACUCCUUAACGGCUGGUUUUGGAGCCAGAGCAGAGAACCUUCUAGAGCUACGGAACGAGGACAGAGGGGUGUCAUGGAGCAUUGGAGGCGAUGAAACUCUUGAGACGGUCACAACUCUACCUAAUAUCCUCAAGAAGUUUAAUCCUAAUAUCAAAGGAAUGUCAUUUGGGGUUGGAAAAGAACAGACGGGCUUUAACAUGGCAAUAUCUGGGGCUAAAAUCUCAGGCAUCCCAGGGCAGGUCAGAACUCUGAUUGACACCAUGAAGGCUGAUCCUAGUGUGGAUUUUGAGAAUGACUGGAAGCUUGUGACCCUCUUCAUCGGAGGCAAUGACCUGUGCCAGUACUGCACUGACCGGGUGACCCAUUCACCUAAGAACUACAGCCAUCACAUGAUGACAAGCUUGGAUAUGCUGUAUGAAGAGGUUCCACGAGUGAUUGUGAACGUCUUGGAAAUCUUGGAGAUUGAACACCUUCGCAAGAUUAAGAGGAACACAUUGGGAUGCAACUUGAUACAACAGUUUGUGUGUCCCUGUUUCCUGGACCCUGGAGAGGAUUCCCCAGAGCUGUCUGAGGUCAAACGGGCCAAUCGACAGAUGCAGGUCGAGACUUCAAAUCUGGUUUACGGGGGUCGGUACGAUGGCAGAGAAGACUUUGCUGUGGUUGUCCAGCCGUUUUUCAGAAACAGCAUCCUUCCUCUAACUGCUGAUGGGAAACCUGAUACCACCUACUUCUCUGUGGACUGUUUCCACUUUAGUGAACGAGGACAAGCUGACAUGGCGAACGCUGUGUGGAACAACAUGUUGGAGCCAGUGGAUGAAAAACAGACGUACAACAAUUUCCGAAAUAACAGAAGCAACAUUAAGUGCCCGACAGAGGAGCAUCCUUACAUUUUCACUAAGUUUAACAGUAUGCCCACUUUAAGCACAACCAAAGGUCCAGGUCCCUCCACGGUGGUCCCACCGCUGAGCACAGACGAUCCCUCCAAGACAGAUUGCUCAGGGAAAGUGCAGGCAUGGCUCGCUGCUGUGCUGGCUGUAGUCGGUCUGCUGGUCGGCGGCGCCGCCACAGGACUCUUCUUCUACUGCAAAAACAAGAGAAGCAAGAAGAAGCAAUCUGGAGUGGAGAUGAGGGGCACAACAUUUUGAAAUGCCACUUGAGCUGUUUGUGUUCCAAACCAACCACAGAAAUCAAAAUGGGCAGUUGUGUUAAAAAAACAACAACAUCAACAACAAUCACAUCAUUUAAAGUGACUUUGGGAAGCAUAUUAUUCACUCAUGAGCGCCUCUCAACCACAAACAUGUACUUUUCUCAAGAAAGACCUAAACUACAUAACAUUCUGGCGGGAGGUUCAUUGUUUAACGUGUGGUCCCCGCAGUGUAAAUUAGUAUAAAUUCAUAUUUAAACGUUGUAGCUGGUCUAGCAACAAACUCUAAAAGCCCAUAAUUACAACCCACACUAAUAUGCAAACAAAAACCCUUAUUUCUGUUUUUGUAAACAAAUUAGGAUUAUAAUGCAAACACAUUUAAAAUGGGUGAUAAUGUUUUAACGAGAUUUUUAGCAAUUGUCAUUAGACGACGCAAAACUUGCCUCAAAAUGGAAUUAAAGUAAACUUAAGGCUAACUCGGUUAUUGUUUUCUUUUUAUAUUCAAGACAGUAAUUGAGUGUUUAUUUGUUUUUCCAUUUUGGAGAGGGUCAUUUAGGAGCUGCGUCUAGUAUGUGAUAUAGACAGGUUGUCAAGGAAACAUCUAAAAACACAAAAUGUCACCAAAUAAUAAAUGCGGCAGAGGCAAUUAUAUGAUUUAUCAUCAGGUAUACAGCCUGCUGUCAUGAAAAACACAGCAACGUUUGUUAUGACCACUCUCCAAUCAGUCUUCUUUGUCCAUUUCUUUGAUUACACAAGCAAAAUAUAUAAUAGUUGUAUCAUAAUUGGUUCUGCAAGUCGUUAACUAACAGUUUAUUGUAUGGUCAGUUUCUGUUUAUUCAUUAGCAUUCCUGUAUAUAGUAAAAUCAUUUAUUUAAUUAAAAUUUGCAUUUGAGUGCACUUUGUCUAAUAGGCAUUGCAAAGUCAGUUGCAGUAUUUUGGGAUGCAAAAAAAUUGUACACAACCAUUGAAAUGUAUGUUGAUUUAAUCAUUGUAUGAGUUUCUCUCCUUUGUUAGGCAUGUUGAAUGAAGGUAAAAGUAAGAUUUCAGUACAUUUGGCAUUCCUGUUAAACUAAGUGUACUGAAUGUACCAGAAAAACAUGAAAAGGAGGACACAAACUACUUUGAUAAACGUAUUUUCUACAGUUUUGCAUAAAUCUCGAAUGUGUUGAUUUUUAAUUAAAGUCUGCAAAGAUCGA